AUGGCGCCCACGAAAGGGUCAUCCAAGGGUGCCUCCUCUGGAGGUGGCUCCAAAGGGCUCCAGGGAUCCAAGGGCUCCAAAUCGUCUACUAUGCCGUCUUCCUCCCGCGUGAGCAAGCCAAGUGGCAAGAAGAAUGUCAAGCGACCGCCGCCCCAAGAAGUCAAGUCCAAGGCCCGCACUGCUCCAGAGAUGCUUGCAAAGAAGAAGAAGAGAGUCUAUACCGAGGCAGAGCUGGAUCUUCCUAAGUUGAACCAGAUCACCCCCGUCGGAGUCGUGAAACCAAAGGGCAAGAAGAAGGGCAAGGUCUUCGUUGACGAUCAGGUACGUCCACUGCGUGACUUAGCAAAUGCCGAGGGUAUGAUGACCAUUCUCGCCAUGGUCAAUGCCGAAAAAGAGGGACAAAUUGAGUCAAAGAUGAUGAAGGCUCGUCAACUCGAGGAGAUCCGCGAAGCCAAGAGGGCCGAGGCCGAGGCACGAAUGAACGAGAAGAAAUCCAAGCUGGACGCCGUGAAGGAUUCCAUUCGGAACAAGAAGAAGAACAAGAGCGGAAAGGACAAGGGCUCAGAGGCCUCGUCAAGAUCGGCGAGUGACGCCAAGUCUGCUAAGGGCAAGCGCAAGAGUGUCUCCUUUGCCUAA